UCUUUAAACGUUUUGGCAUUGUAAAUAAAUAAAACAAUUUUUAAUUUUAAAGAAAUACAAUGGAACCGGCUAAGAAAAUAUCAUUUGGAUUUAGUAAAAUAAAUAAAAAAGUCAAUUUAAAUGCUAAUAAACCCGCUCCAAAGCCGGAAGUGGAACUGAUAAAAUGUUUGGAGGGCCAGGAAAUCAAGCUUGUAGAGGAGAAAAAGGAAGAGGCACCACUCAUCAUUCCCAUGAAGGGAACCCAGAAAACAUCCUCUGCAUUGGCUAGUUUAAUGAAACGAAGGGCUGUGUUACUGGGAGAAGAUGAACCCUCAGAAGAAGUUGCACAAAGUGAAAAUAAAGAAGAGACUACACAGGAAAAUGGCAAGGAGCCUGAGGAUUUAGAGAAGAGGGCGGCCAAAGAACUUUUGGCCGAAAUCAAUGCCAAUGGUUCAUUGAAUUCUGAGACAAAUCUUACUUUACCCGUUGUACAUCCAAACGAUUUGCCAUUAGAGGGGGCCAAAGAAUCAUCGCUGGAUGAUUAUGAUAAUAUUCCAAUACAAGAUUUUGGAAAAGCCCUAUUACGUGGUAUGGGCUGGGUGGAACCACCAAAACCCACAAAAGGUGGUCCCCCUGUGGAUGAUAUGCCAAUGGUCAGACCCAAGGGCAUGGGUCUAGGUGCUGACAAAGCUUUAAAGGCCAAACCGCUUUUGGUUGCACCCGAAUCGAAUGAGGUGUUGGAAAUAAAAAGAAAUGCCUAUGUAAGGAUAUUGGGUGGUAAACACAAAGAUCUCUAUGGUCAAAUUGAGGGAUUUGAUGAUCAUGCCGGCAGGGUAAUUGUUAAAAUGGCCAUUGGUGGGGCCAAAGAGGCAUUCAAUGAGUUUCUAUGCCAGCCAGUGUCACGCAAGGAAUAUGCACAAUAUGGAAAAUGUAUAAAUUCCACUAAAUAUGAGGAAUAUAAAAGGAAGGAAAAUGAACAUGGCCAAAUUAUUUUAAAGGAAGAGAAAAAGGAAAAGGAUAUUAAGUUCAUUUCCAAAGGAAUAAAAAGCAAUAAAGAUGUCCAGGAGAUUUCCUCAGAUGAAGAUAAUCUAAAAAAUUCCAAGAAUAUUAAGGAAGAACGCGUCGAAAGAGAUUACGAGGAUAGAAAAUAUCGAAUUAAUUCGAAAGGCACAAAAGAGGAAAAAUUUGAGGAAAGCGAUUAUGAUGGCAGAAAGAAUCGAAGAAGUCCUAUGGUCAUUAAAGAAGAGCCUUCGGAAAAAAAUUAUGACCGCAAAAAUAAUGAUAGAAGGGACAAUAAAUCUUCCAGAAACAAUUAUAGGUACGAUGAAAAAGAACGGUAUCGGGAAAGAGAAGACAAUAAAAACUACAGGAGAUAUGAAGAAAGCGCUAGUAGAAGAGAUGACAAUGAGCACAAAUACAAUAGAAGAGAUAAUUACGGAAACAAAAAAGAAAGAAGCAGUAGAAAUGACAACUACAGAGAUGAGGUUAAAAUAAGUAACUAUAGGGAGAAUGAACGUGACCAUAGAAGAGAUGAAUCUUACAAAACUACUGAUCGUUAUGAUGAUAGAUAUGGUCGCACGGACAGAGAGCACAAAAAUGAAACAAGAGAAAAACAAAAAGAGUAUGAGGAAAGAAGUCGUAGAAAGAACGAAAAAUCAUCCGAAGAGACUGAGUCCAGUGAUACUGAAGACCAUUCGAAAAAUAAAAAAUCCCACAAAAAGAAGAAAAAAUCAGAGAAGAAAUCGAAAAAGUCAAAGAAAAGUAAAUCCAAGUAUCAUGACAGCAGUGAUUCGGACGACUCUUCAACAUCGGACUCAAGUGAUUCCGAGGAUGAGAAAUAUAGGAGAAAACAUAAAAGUAAAAAUAAGAAAAGCAAGAAACAACGUGAACGUUCGCGUUCGAGAGGUAGAAGAUAGCAUUAAGUAGAUUAAAUUGUGUAAAGUAAAAUUGAAAAUAAAUGCUAGUUAUUAUGAAUAAAAAAGAUGCCAUUUUAAUUUAUUUAAUAAAGUGUGGUUUUAUUAAA